UCUCCUUCUCCAGAUCUCACCUCCUCUCAGCUCUCCGCUUCACUCCCACCUCAUUCACAUUCUCAUCGUCAUCACUCUUGUACAAUCAACCUCCUCCAGGCGAGCUUGAGCCGGAGUCGGAUUCGGAGUCAUGGCCGGAGGAGCAGCCGGCGGCUUCGUCACGCGAGCCUAUGAGUCCAUGCUCAAAGAGUGCUCGCCGAAAAAGUAUCCCGAUCUUCAAAAGGCAAUUCAGGCUUACUUAGACAAUGCAAAAGAAGUCAAUCAGGCUCAACAAACCAUUCCGCAGACUGCUCCAAGUGGGAAGCCUCAAGCUACUUCUCCAGAUGGUGAUGGAAGUUCUGUUGACGCAGAAGGUGAAGAUGCAAAAACUGGUGCAGAACCAGGUCAGUCUCAAACAUCCUCAAACACUGCCGAGGAGGCAGAUUCUGUUGCCAGGCCAGUGAACAUAAGUGGAACUGUAUCAACUGUCCUAGCAACUGCUGGGAACACCUUAGAAGGCACCCAGGCUGAGCUUAUUUUGAAUCCCCUGCGACUUGCAUUCGAUACAAAGAACCUAAAAGUUCUUGAACCUGCUCUAGAUUGUCUUCAUAAACUGAUUGCGUACGAUCAUUUAGAGGGAGAUCCUGGUUUAGACAACAAAAGUGUUCCAGUGUUUACUGAUAUUUUGAACAGGGUUUGCAGUUGUGUUGACAAUAAUUCAUCUGAUAGUACUGUUCUGCAAGUGUUGAAGGUCCUUCUGACUGCAGUGGCAUCCACAAAGUUUAGAGUACAUGGGGAACCGUUGCUGGGAGUUAUCAGAGUCUGCUAUAAUAUUGCUCUGCACAGCAAGAGUCCUGUCAACCAAGCUACAUCAAAGGCAAUGCUUACGCAAAUGAUCAGCAUCAUAUUCAGGAGAAUGGAAACUGACCCGGAACUUCAGGUUUCAUCAUCUGGUUCUGUUGGACAUACAGAAGCCACUACAGAAAAACAUUCAAAUACAGAAGCUGAAGAAACUUCUGUGGCAGACCAAAAUGAGAAAGAAAUGACUUUGGGUGAUCAACUAAACCAGGUCAAAGAGACACCCAUUGCAUCUGUUGAGGAACUUCAUAAUCUUGCAGGUGGUGCUGACAUUAAGGGUUUAGAGGCCGUCCUGGACAAAGCUGUUCAUCAUGAAGAUGGCAAAAAGAUAAUCAGAGGGAUUGACCUGGAGAGUAUGAGCAUAGUUCAGCGUGAUGCUUUACUGGUUUUCCGAACCCUCUGCAAGAUGGGCAUGAAGGAAGAUAACAAUGAAGUCACGUUGAAGACGAGGAUUUUAUCUCUGGAGCUGUUGCAGGGUUUGUUGGAAGGAGUUGGUCAUCCAUUUACUAGAAACUUCCAUUUCAUUGAUUCUGUGAAAGCAUACCUAUCAUAUGCUUUGUUGCGGGCUUCAGUUUCGCCCUCCCCUAUCAUAUUUCAGUACGCAACUGGAAUUUUUUUAGUGCUUUUGUUGCGGUUUAGAGAAAGUCUCAAGGGUGAAAUUGGCAUCUUCUUUCCCUUGAUAGUUCUCCGGUCUCUGGAUAGCUCGGAUUUUCCCAUGAACCAGAAAAUGAGUGUUCUGAGGAUGGUCGAAAAAGUUUGCAAGGAUCCUCAGAUGCUUGUUGACAUAUUCGUGAACUAUGACUGUGAUCUUGAGGCACCAAACUUGUUUGAGCGGAUGGUUACUACUCUAUCAAGAAUAUCCCAAGGGACACAAAAUGCAGAUCCAAAUAUGGCUACUGCAUCCCCGACUACUUCAAUAAAGGGUUCAUCUCUUCAGUGUCUUGUCAAUGUGCUUAAAUCACUCGUAGAUUGGGAAACUUCACGUGGAGAAUCAGAUAACCAAACUAAAAAUUCCCAGUCUCCAGAUGGAGAUGCUUCAGCCAAAGAGUCAGUUGAUGUGAAAAGCAGGCAAGAUACAACCACCAACUUUGAGAAGGCAAAAGCUCAUAAGUCUACACUGGAAGCGGCCAUCUCUGAGUUCAACAGACAGCCAGUUAAGGGUGUAGAGUAUCUGAGAUCGAAUAAAUUAGUGGAAAACACACCAAGUUCAGUUGCCCAAUUUUUGAGAAGUACUCCCAGCUUAGACAAGGCUAUGAUUGGUGAAUAUUUGGGCCAUCAUGAAGAAUUUCCGCUUUCUGUGAUGCAUGCUUAUGUCGAUUCCAUGAAAUUUUUGGGAAUGAAGUUUGAUACUGCAAUUCGUGAACUUCUUAAAGGAUUCCGACUUCCAGGGGAAGCUCAAAAGAUAGAUCGCAUCAUGGAAAAGUUUGCAGAAAGAUACUGUGCAGAUAAUCCAGGCCUCUUCAAAAAUGCAGAUACUGCAUAUGUUCUUGCAUAUGCAGUUAUUAUGUUGAAUACUGAUGCACAUAAUCCAAUGGUAUGGCCUAAGAUGUCCAAGUCAGAUUUCGUGCGCAUGAAUGCUACUGAAGAUCCAGAAGAAUGUGCCCCAACAGAACUUCUGGAAGAAAUCUAUGAUUCGAUUGUUAAAGAAGAGAUAAAGAUGAAAGAUGAGAGUACGAAUCUAGAUAAAGGUGGCAAAUAUAAGCCAGAAGGUGAAGAGAGAGGGCGCCUCGUCAGUAUUCUUAAUCUGGCUCUACCCAGAAGGACAGUUUCUUCUGAUACCAAGUCUGAAAGUGAAGCUAUUAUAAAGAGAGCACAAGAUAUAUUUAGGAAUCAAGGAGCAAAAAGAGGGGUCUUCCAUACUACACAGCAAAUAGAACUUGUAAGGCCUAUGGUAGAAGCUGUUGGCUGGCCUUUGCUUGCUACCUUUUCUGUUACAAUGGAAGAGGGUGAGAAUAAGUCGAGGAUUGUUCUCUGCAUGGAAGGAUUUAAAGCAGGAAUACACAUUACACAUGUUCUGGGAAUGGAUACCAUGCGCUAUGCAUUCUUAACAUCUCUUGUCAGAUUUACAUUCUUGCAUGCUCCAAAGGAAAUGCGUGGUAAAAAUGUGGAAGCGUUGCGAACGCUACUAGCUCUUUGUGACUCAGAGACUGGUUCCCUUCAAGACACGUGGAAUGCAGUUUUGGAAUGUGUGUCGCGGCUUGAAUUUAUUACCUCAACCCCUGCUAUUGCUGCAACAGUCAUGCAGGGGUCAAACCAGAUCUCUAAAGAUGCUGUUCUUCAAUCUCUAAGAGAAUUGGCAGGAAAACCUUCUGAGCAAGUAUUUGUGAAUAGUGUUCAGCUUCCCAGUGAUUCGAUAGUGGAGUUCUUCACUGCACUUUGUGGUGUUUCAGCUGAAGAACUAAAACAAAGUCCAGCUCGGGUUUUUAGCUUGCAGAAACUUGUUGAGAUCAGCUACUACAACAUGGCUCGUAUUCGCAUGGUCUGGGCUAGAAUAUGGUCUGUUUUGGCAAAUCACUUCAUUUCAGCUGGGAGUCAUCAUGAUGAGAAAAUUGCCAUGUAUGCCAUUGAUUCGCUAAGGCAGCUUGGUAUGAAGUAUCUGGAACGAGCUGAACUUGCCAAUUUCACAUUCCAAAAUGACAUUCUUAAGCCUUUCGUUGUUCUUAUGCGCAAUAGUCGAAGUGAAACCAUAAGGGGCCUCAUUGUUGACUGCAUUGUUCAAAUGAUAAAAUCUAAAGUAGGGAGCAUCAAGUCUGGUUGGCGUAGUGUUUUCAUGAUUUUCACAGCUUCUGCAGAUGAUGAAUUGGAAUCAAUUGUUGAGAGUGCAUUUGAAAAUGUCGAACAAGUGAUCUUGGAACACUUCGAUCAAGUUGUUGGCGAUUGUUUUAUGGACUGUGUCAACUGUCUUAUCAGAUUUGCAAAUAAUAGAACUUCGCACCGUAUAAGUUUGAAGGCUAUUGCACUCCUGCGCAUAUGUGAGGAUCGUUUGGCUGAGGGUCUUAUACCUGGUGGUGCUUUGAAGCCUAUAGAAGAAAAUGAAACUACAACUUUUGAUGUGACUGAGCAUUAUUGGUUCCCAAUGCUGGCUGGCCUAUCUGAUCUGACAUCAGAUACAAGGCCAGAGGUCAGAAGCUGUGCGCUUGAAGUUUUGUUUGAUCUACUAAAUGAGAGAGGUAGCAAGUUCUCGUCAUCCUUUUGGGAGAGCAUCUUCCAUCGAGUCUUGUUUCCCAUAUUUGAUCAUGUAAGACAUGCUGGAAAGGAAAGCUCAGCCUCUUCUGAUGAGGAAUGGUUCCGUGAAACAAGCAUUCACUCACUUCAGUUGCUCUGCAACCUUUUCAAUACUUUCUACAAGGAGGUAUGUUUUAUGUUGCCACCACUACUCAGUCUGCUGUUAGAUUGUGCCAAAAAGACUGAUCAAGCUGUGGUUUCGUUAUCUCUGGGUGCACUGGUGCAUCUCAUUGAAGUUGGAGGACAUCAAUUUAGUGAGAGUGAUUGGGAUACAUUAUUGAAAAGCAUAAGAGACGCAUUAUACACAACACAACCACUUGAACUGCUAAAUGCUUUGGGUUUUGAGAACCUGAAGAAUGAAAGGACAUUAAACAAUUCCGGCGAGGCUUUAUUGUCUCUUGACUAUGAUGGGGGACACAACCGUCAGUUUGAUUCCAAUGAUAGAAAUCCAAAUGCAUCAGUCAAAGGUGUUCACUUGGAUGGAUCCGAAGGCCUUAACUCUCCGUCAGGAAGUGCGUCAAAGUCUGCUGAUGAUGGAAACCUCCAACGUAGUCAAACAAUAGGUCAAAGAAUUAUGGACAACCUUUUUCUCAGAAAUCUUUCAUCCAAGCCUAAGAGUUCUGAUGCAUCUGUACCAUCUUCUCCAGUCAAGGUUCCUGAUGUUAUUGAACCUGAUAUGAAAGAUGAUGAAGAAAGCUCUGUAUUGGGAACUUGUAGGGGCAAAUGCAUCACUCAGUUAUUACUUCUGGGGGCCAUUGAUAGUAUCCAGAAGAGAUACUGGAGCAAGUUGAAUGCACCUCAGAAGAUAGCUAUAAUGGACACUUUGCUGUCUGCGUUAGAAUUUGCAGCUUCCUACAACUCAUAUACAAAUCUCAGAACACGCAUGCACCAAACUUCUGAUGAGAGGCCACCUGUGAAUCUUCUUCGCCAGGAGUUAACAGGAACUUGCAUAUAUCUGGACAUCUUACAGAAGGCAACUUCCGGGUUUCCCAUUCAAGAGGGACUUGCAGAAACUAAUGAUAGCUCAAUGGAGCAUUCCAAUGCUGAAGAGAAAGUUGAAGGAUUAGCAGAGGACAAACUUGUGUCAUUCUGUGAACAGGUACUCAGGGAGGCAUCUGAGCUGCAGUCUAGUUCUGGAGAUGUGACUAAUAUGGAUAUUCAUCGUGUUCUGGAGUUACGAUCGCCAAUAAUUGUUAAGGUGCUCAAAGGCAUGUGCUUUAUGAACCAACAAAUUUUCAGAAGACAUUUAAGAGACUUCUAUCCUUUGCUUACAAAACUUGUAUGCUGCGACCAGAUGGAUGUUCGUGGAGCUCUAGGCGAUCUAUUUAGGGCACAAUUGAAAGCACUUCUGCCCUAGCUGCUGUUUCCUUUUCUCACCACUUUGACAAGUGUCCCAACUUCAGCAUCACUGCUUCAAGCUCUAUACACCGAUUGUCUAAUUUUGUUCGGUUAAAUAUUCUUUCUCCUGUGCCUAUAAAUUUCAUUUCCUUCAGAUAGAUGUAUAGGUUAUUUUUUUCAAUUUUCACCUUCCCCAGUAAAUUUUGUUGUAAUGAUGUUAAUGUAGAAAAGGAGGUAAACGAAAAGGGGGAACAUAGAUUUGA